AUGUCUAGCUCUCUAAAUGAUAUUACUGUUCUUGACAGGUCGCCUUCAUUUGCUGAAUUAACUAGAGGACGUGCCCCUACUGCCAACUACACCAUCAAUAAUCACGCAUACACCAUAGGGUAUUAUCUUGCUGAUGAUAUCUAUCCUCGUUGGGCAACGAUUGUAAAAACAAUAUCUCAACCUCAAGGCGCAAAGAGACAACUAUUUGCGAGGAUGCAGGAGGCAUGUCGAAAAGAUGCCGAAAGGGCAUUUGGAGUGCUCCAAGCACAAUUUAAUAUUGUCAGCGUGCCAGCUAGAGGUUGGAGUGAUGAGGAUCUGUACUACAUCAUGAAGACGUGCAUUAUUUUGCACAACAUGAUCAUUGAAGACGAGCGUAAUAUUCCAGAAAAUGAACGCAGUGCAGUACAACUUGAGACUGAUACCACAAGAUUUCCUACCCAUCGGCUUUUUACCCUUUCCAGCGACACUGCCCUCACCAACAAUUGGAUUGUUACCAACACCUGGACUGUUGUCGUCUUCAAGAGAAAUGCAGUUUUCCAUAGGGGAAUCAGGGGCUAA